GGCCGCUUCCGCCGGAAGUGACGGAGCCGGAACCGGCCCGAGGUUCCCUCCCGCCAUGGAGAAGUUCGGGAUGAGCUUCGGGGGCGGCCCCAGCAGGAAGGAGCUGCUGGAGACCGUCGAGACGCAGAAGCAGCAGCUCCUGCGCUUCCAGGCGCGGCUCAAGGACGUGGUGUGCGCCUACAAGAGCCUCCUGAAGGAGAAGGAGGCGCUGGAAGCCAGCCUGAAGGCUCUCUCCUCGUCCCACCACCACGGGGACCCGGCGCCGCCGCCCGCCGCCCGCGGCUCGGAGCGGGGCUCGGAGCGGGGCUCGGACGGCGCGGGGCCGGCGGCCGGCGGGGACGAGGAGGACGCGGCUCCCCGGAGCGCGGAGGGCUCGGAGGGCUCGGAGGGCGCGGAGCUCUGCCCCGGCCCGGACUCGGAGCGGCGGCUGCAGCAGCUGAGGGCGCAGCUGGCCACGCUGACGGCCGCGCUGGCCACGGUGACGCGGGAGAAGUCGCGCAUGGAGGCCUCGUACCAGGCGGAGCGGCGGCAGGUGAGGCAGGAGCUGGAGGAGGCCGAGCGGCGCGGCGCCGAGCUGCGGGAGCUGCUGCUGCGCGCCGAGCGCGAGGAGCCCGGGGAGCGCGAGCAGCGGGCGCGGCGGCCGAGCCGGGAGCCGGAGGAGCUGCAGGGAGCCAGGGAGGAGAGCGGGAAGCCGGACCCCCGCGUCCAGGAGCUGCAGGAGGAGGUGGCCGCCCUCAAGAACCACUUCCAGCUGCAGCUGGUGCAGGAGAUGAAGAAGACGGCGCAGGCCGAGGAGCAGCUGCGGCAGCGCUCGCAGCGGGAGGAGCGGCGCGUGGCCGAGCUGGAGGCUCAGGUGUCGCAGGUGUCGGAGCUGCUGGGCACCUACGAGAAGGCCAAGCAGCGGGACCAGGGCACCAUCCAGCGGCUGAGGGAGCGCGUGGCGCAGCUGGACCUGGAGAACCGGAGCCUGGCCGCCGCCGCCUCCGCCCGCCCCCCGGGCGACGCGGCCGCGGAGGAGAGCGCGCUGGACGUCGCCGCGCUCAAGGAGAAGAUGGAGAAGCUGCGGAAGCUGCUGCGGGCGGCGGCCGGGAAGGGCCCGGAGGCGCCGGAGGAGCCGAGCCCGGGGGACGAGGACGAGGACAAAGCCGCGGGCGGGCACUGCCAGCAGGAGCCGAGGCAGCUCAAGGACGAGUUCGAGCGCUCCAAGGUGAGGGCGCAGCAGGUGCUCAAGAGCAAGGCCACCAAGGACGUGGGGCAGGCCGGGGAGCUGGAGGAGGCGCGGGAGCAGCUGGCGGAGCUCCGGGACAAGCACGUGCUGCUGCAGCUGGCGGCGGACGACGCGGAGGAGCGGCACCGGCGGGAGCUGGAGGCCAAGCGGCAGGAGCUGUCGCGGCUGCAGCGGCUGCACCGGCAGGAGCUGGAGCGCUGCCAGCUGCAGUUCCGGGAGCGGGCGCUGCGCCUGGAGGAGGAGAUGCACAAGCAGCGGGACCGGGCGCUGGCCGUGCUGGCCGAGAAGGACGGCGAGCUGGAGCGGCUGCGCGCCCUCGCGCCGCCCCGCGCCGCCCCCGAGGAGCUUCCCGGCCGGGAGCCCUCGGAGAUCCUGCCGCGGGAGCUGCAGCCCUGCCCGGGCUCCGAGCCCACCUUCUUCCUGUACGCGGAGCAGCUGGCGCGCAAGGAGGUGGAGAUCGCGGCGCUGCGCAAGCACAAGCGCCGGCUGGAGGAGCAGCUGCACCAGCUGCAGGGCCGCGCCCUGGCCGAGGAGGACCGGCACCGCCAGGAGGUGGAGGAGCUGCGGGGCCAGAUCCAGAAGAGCUGCCGGGACAAGAGCAGGGAAGGAGCCAACCUGGAGUACCUGAAGAACGUGCUGUACCGGUUCCUGACGCUGCCGGACGCGCGGGGCCGGCAGCAGACGCUCACGGCCAUCCUGGCCGUCCUGCACUUCAGCCCCGAGGAGAAGCUGAGCAUCGCCAAGAGCUCGGCCCACGGCUCCUGGUGGCUCCACGGGAAGAGAUGAGGGCGGGGUUUUAUUCCCCUUUUCCCCGAGAGCUCGUUGUUCCUGAGGGCCGGCCAAACCCUCGGGAUCUGGGCUCCGCUCGCUCGGUGUUGGGAGCGCUGAUCUGCAGCGGGGCCCUGCCGGCUUUUCCAGCCCCAGAGCCUCCGCGGUGGGGAUUCCAUCCGAGCCAGGACUUGAUCUGAAAAACGUGGAAUCGGAGACGCUGCUGAGCUUUUUGAAAGGUGGUUUGGAAACAAUGCCUGCCUGUCAGGAGCGGGAUUCGCUCGGAUCUCCAAGCUCCAGCCGCGCCGGUGACUCAGGAGAUGAGAGUGGGAGGCUGAAACGGCACCAGGCCGUGGAAGGCUCGGGAGGAUGGGGCUCAGUGCAGCAGAUCUUGGGCGUUUCCCCCUGAGGUUCUUUUCCAGAGCCAGAUUUAACCAGUGGGUGCAGCUCCGGGCUCAUCCGGGAGCUCAGGCUCUCCUUCCUUCCCAGGGAUCCUCUCUGGGUUAUCGGGGAUCCCAGGGAGGAGAAGGGAUCUCCCUGUGGAUGGUUCCCAUCCCGAGACACUCUGAGUGGGGAUCUGAGCUGCCAGGGACAGGGACAGGGAUCCUGGAAUGCCACAGCCACCCUGGCACUGACAGGGACAAGGACCCUGGAAUGACACAGCCACCCUGGCACUGCCAGGGACAGGGAUCCUGGAAUGCCACAGCCACCCUGGCACUGCCAGGGACAGGGAUCCUGGAAUGCCACAUCCACCCCAGCACUGCCAGGGACAGGGAUCCUGGAAUGCCACAUCCACCCCAGGGACAAGGACAGGGUUCCUGGAAUGCCACAUCCAUCCCUGGCACUGCCAGGGACAAGGACAGGGACCCGGACCCUGGAAUGGCACAGCCACCCCUGGCACUGCCAGGGACAGGGACCCUGGAAUGCCACAUCCACCCCUGGCACUGCCAGGGACAAGGACAGGGACCCGGACCCUGGAAUGGCACAGCCACCCCAGCACUGCCAGGGACAAGGACAGGGACCCUGGAAUGCCACAGCCACCCUGACACUGCCAGGGACAAGGACAGGGUUCCUGGAAUGGCACAGCCACCCUGACACUGCCAGGGACAAGGACAGGGUUCCUGGAAUGCCACAUCCACCCCUGGCACUGCCAGGGACAGGGAUCCUGGAAUGCCACAGCCACCCUGACACUGCCAGGGACAGGGAUCCUGGAAUGCCACAGCCACCCCAGGGACAAGGACAGGGACCCUGGAAUGCCACAGCCACCCCAGGGACAAGGACAACUUCCCUCCUUUCCUCCUUGGCUGUCCUGGUCCUGUCAGCAGCCAAAUUCCCUGGAUUCCCUUCUGCCCAGUGCAGCCCUUGGUGCCAAUUUCUCCUCCAGGAAAUCCUCAGGGAAAACGUGUCCCGGGCAGAGCCUGUCCCUGCUGGGGGCGGGACACGGCCGAGCCCCUCCCGGGGCGCAAUCCAGGGAUGUUCCCGGUGGGAACAGCGGGGUCCAGGUGCUGCCCUGGUGGGGGAGCUGCCUGGGAGCGGGGGAGUUUGUCCCGGGAAUGUUUGAGACGCUCCCUGAGGACAAAAGCGCUGGCUCAGCCCAGUCCCUGCUCCCAGUCUGGAAGUGGUGAAUCCAGGGCUGCCUCUGGAACGGCAGGAGCGGCUCCAGCUCUUUCCCUGGAGCCUUUCCCACAGCUCCAGAGGGAGGUGGAGCCUCCUCCUGCUGCUCAGGGGGGGAGCAGGGGGAUGGAUCUGCUGGAUGUUGGAACAUCCUUGGGUUUAAAAUGACCACAUCUGCGGGGAUGGAUCGCUGUCCUCCCUCUGCGCCCCGGGAUGGAGUGACCUGGAGCGGAUCCCAGCGGUGCUGGGGACCCGAGGGGUGACAGCUGGGAGCAGGGGGGCAGUGUGGGGACAGGAGGGACGAGGCAGGGUCCAGGAGCAUCCAGAGGAAGAUGAGGAAGCUGCUGCAGGGGAUCUUCUCCAGCUCCGUGUCGCUGUCACCCUCCUGCAGCUCCCGGUGCCAUUCCUUCCUCUGCUCCCUCCCUUUUUCUUCCCUCUCUCCUUUGAGCCAAUAUCCCUGAA